AUGGCCCUAAAGGACUCUCUUGUAACUGACUCAAAAUUGCAUCAACUAUAUAUAGAUUCUUGUCAUCUCAGAUCAGGCUCUCUCACCAUUUCCCAGAUUUUCACACGCAUCACUUUCACCUUUAUUCUAAAACUUCAUGUUCAUCCUCAUCAUCCUCUCAUCUUCAUCAUCUUCAUCCUCACUCCAAACCUCUCCCUGCAUCAUUCUCUCUACUCUCUAAAAAUCAAUACACCAAAGCAUUACUGCUUCAUCACUCAGCAUCAACACAACCCAAAACAACAUCAAGACGCACAACAAUAA